AAGCAGCUACACAUCACAAGCACAUCUCUCUCUCUCUCUCUCUCUCUCUCUCUCUCGUUAUUCUUUGCCGGCAACCGACGCCCUCUCAUUCCGGCGACCUUCUCAUCACUUGCCAUAGUUAAUUGCCGGUUCCAAGCUAUAAGGACCAUCAACACUGUUUCUUCUCGAAAACGAUCUCGAUUUGCUGUAAUCUGCUGCUGUUCAGACUAGCUGUUGAAAUUUUGGUCAAAAUUGAAAUUGCUUAAAUGACUUUUUUCGAGAUCCACUUUGCUUUUGGGAACGUGUUAUUGAAAAGCUACGGUUUCGUUGCAUGUUAUUGGAGGAAAUGAAUCUUGGUACAUUUUGUUCUGAGAUUUAAUUAAACUGAAUUAGUGGUUAAUGUUGCUUCUCUUUUGGUAGCUUAGUGUGGAAUCAAAUCAUCAAUCAUCUCUUCUAUUUAGGAGAUUGUGCAUCUCGAUAACGAUAUCUCAUAUCUCAUACGUAUUUAUUCAUUUAUUUAGUCGUCAAUAUAGCGAAUUCCUGUGUGGUAUAUAGAUUAUUGCGAUGGAGUGUUAGGGUUUCAAGGUGAUUUAUGGUUUUGAAACCAUGAAAUUAAAAGGAUUAGGAGAUAGUAAAGUAGAAAAACUGAAGAGUUUGACAGGAAAUUCAUAUGCAAAAUCUUCUAAAACGAAGCUGUGGAUGAUCAGGGCCACGACAGCGGUGUUGUUGUGGACUUGUUUGGUUCAGUUGACGGCAUUAGGAGAUACAUGGGGGCCUAUGGUUUUGAAAGGCUGGCCUUCUCGUGAGACUCUUUCUGCUUCUGCUUUAGAUGUCAAAUUGUUGCCCAUGGUUCCUGCUAGAGUUCUUCCACCCAAGAGGGUUUACAAGAACAAUGGUUACCUACUGAUUUCAUGUAAUGGAGGACUAAAUCAAAUGCGAUCUGCUAUAUGUGACAUGGUUGCAAUUGCAAGAUACUUGAAUGUUACUCUCAUUGUUCCUGAAUUGGACAAAUCUUCUUUCUGGGCUGAUCCAAGUGAGUUUGAGGACAUUUUUGAUGUUGAUCAUUUCAUAACAUCUUUGAGAGAUGAAGUUCGGAUACUUAAAGAGCUUCCAAUUAGGCUUAAAAAGAGAGUGGAAUUAGGACUCAUACAUACCAUGCCUCCCAUUAGUUGGUCUGAUAUUUCAUACUACCACAACCAGAUUCUUCCUUUGAUUCAAAGAUUCAAAGUUUUGCAUUUGAAUAGAACCGAUGCUCGCCUUGCCAAUAGUGGUCAACCCUUUGACCUUCAAAAGCUGAGAUGUCGAGUAAAUUUCAGUGCUUUGAGAUUCACUAGUCAAAUUGAAGAACUGGGUAAACGAGUUGUGAAUCUUUUAAAACAAAAAGGACCUUUUUUAGUCCUCCACCUCAGAUAUGAAAUGGACAUGUUAGCAUUUUCUGGUUGUACUCAAGGAUGCAAUGAUGAAGAAGUGGAAGAGUUGACACGAAUGAGGUAUGCUUACCCUUGGUGGAAAGAAAAGAUUAUAAACUCUGAAUUAAAACGAAAAGACGGGUUAUGCCCUUUAACUCCUGAAGAAACUGCUCUUGCAUUAAGGGCACUUGGGGUAAAUAAUGACAUCCAGAUUUACAUUGCUGCUGGUGAAAUAUAUGGUGGAGAAAGAAGAAUGGCUAGUCUUAAAGCCACCUAUCCAAAUCUGGUGAGAAAAGAGACUCUUUUGGGAGCAGAUGAGCUUGGGUUUUUUCAGAACCACUCGUCUCAAAUGGCAGCAUUGGAUUAUCUUGUAUCACUGGAAAGUGACAUUUUUGUCCCUACUUUUGAUGGAAAUAUGGCCAAAGUCGUUGAAGGUCAUCGGAGAUAUUUGGGUUUCAAGAAGACGAUAUUAUUGGAUAGAAGAUUACUUGUUGAAUUAAUAGACAAAUACACAAGUAAAUUAUUAAACUGGGAUGAAUUCUCAAAUGCUGUGAAAGAUGCUCAUGCAAAUCGCAUGGGUAACCCCACAAAAAGAUUGGUGAUUCCAGACAAACCCAAAGAAGAAGAUUACUUUUAUGCAAAUCCAGAGGAAUGCUUUCAUCCCUCAUCACAAAAUGAACCUGUCAAUAUAAUCCAAUGAUUCAUGCAUCCAACAAUUUUCAUUAAUCUGUACCAGUCUUGUCCUGUUCUGUCCUGUCCUGUCCUGUUCAAUACAGUCUAGUCCAGUCCUGCAACAACCUGAUUUAAGAGGCGGUGAUUUAUUAAUCUCUUACUCUUUUUUUUUAAAAAAAUAUUUUUGUCAAUAACUAUGAUUCAUGUAUAGUUAUCACCCUGGCAUUCCGGGGUUAUAUUGGUUACAACUCGUUCAUUUACAAGAAAAAUAUUUCAGAUAUAAAUUUAUUUUAGCUUAAUUCAUUCA